GAAAUGGGGUGGGUCAGUGGGCAGAUGAAACCAUUGAUUAAAAAUGUUGGUUUGGGCCAUGCUGGGGUUGCUUGGUUGGUGAUUUCCACGGGCAAAGCCUUGAAGAGACACAGCAUCUUGUCACUUUGUGAGAACCACGUGACAGAAGCCAGGUACCUUUGAUUGUGGGAGCUGUGUUCCUGUAAAACGAGCUUUCUCUUGGGUGAGAGCUGUAUGGGGGCCGAGUGUAACGUUUCUCUGGUGGCACUUAUCUCCAGAGUGAUUCUGCCUAAUUCAGAACAAAAUUAAGCUUGCGUUGGCAAUAUAACUUGUUUGGGUGGUCCACAUUAGUGUGACCCAUGCCGAUGAACUAGGCUCUUCUAGGAGCAUGUGGCUCCCGGAGAACAUGUAGAAAAUAAGUUGAUGGGCAACUUUUUUUUUCUCUAUUGUCUUCCUUCUUCUCUAUUAUUUUCCAAAAUGAGUUGGAAGGAGAUCCCAGAAAGAUAAAGGGAGAUGGAGAAGGAUACUUCCAAUAAUUUUUCUUUAUAAAAUGAGGUAUCACUGAAUGUUGACUAAUAACAGGCAUAAUGUUAGUAAAAUAACUAACAAGUAUCUCCUCUCCUAAUAGGAAAAAAAAUUUUUUUUAAACAGAACUUUCUGCCUAGUCAUACCCUUUUCGGUACUUUAGAGAGAAAUUAUAGUUCUAAGGCAAAGGCACCCAAUUGAUUAGCUUGCUAGCUAGCUGGAUCACUAGGGAGAAGAACCCAGGAGGCAAUGGCUUGCUAUUUUCCAGAUUUUAAAACCCAGUGAUAGAUUUGCCUUGGAAAAAAUGCACAAUAGAAAUUGCUCUUAUCACCAUGAGUGAGGAUGCAGCAGCCUUCGGGGUGCAGGGUCAGGAUGCACCAGCUGUCUUGGAUGCAGCAUCAUUUUAUCUCAGAAUUUGGCUCCAUAGGAGGGACUGGGCACUUUAAGAGUACAGCUUUGCCUACGAUAUGUAUGAUAUGCCCUCCAUGCCAUUUGCAUUCUUAAGAAUGAAAACAUUUUAUAUCUAGCAAUUACACUUAAAACUAAAAUGAUUCCACAGAACUGUGAAAUUUGGGUAAGUCUAGAAAAAGUGACCACCCAUAAUUUAAGAAAUUGUACACAGCCUCGAAUAAACUUUUCCAAAAGCAUUUUAAAAAUUUUUCCCUAAAGCUAAAAAAAUCCAUAUAGGGUUGCUGAUGACUAAACCAUAUAGAUGAUUCCUAAUGCCAUUAUUUUCUUGAAACUGAAGUUGAUUUAAAGUCAUCCAUUAUUUGUAUUUUCUCUUAGUUCUCAUCUAAAGGAAAUUGGGUACAUUUCUCUAACCAAGAGCAUUAAGGUUUAGAGUUGUUUGAGAAUAGUGCCAUUUAUCCGUAGCAAAUCUCUAGGAACCUUCAUCAUAACCCUUUCCCUCUAAUUGACACUUGGGAAUAUUAAUUAAAUAAAACUUUCUCCACUAAACUAGGCUUUAAAAUGCAGAUUUGAUAGUGAGGAAAAGCAAGGUCGAAAACGCGGGGAGGGUAUUGUCAACUUUAGCAUGUGGACAGUUCCUUUUCCUUCUGAACCUUCUUCCUGACCUUAUCCUCUUUUUUUUUUUUUUUAAAUCUCUCUCCCUAACAAUUCCUUUCUGUCUCCAUGUUUCACUCUUGCCAAAACCUGCUACCCUAGAAUGUUAGAUUUAGUUGCUUUCAGGUCGUCAUUUACUGAGGUGGCGUCAGAAGGAGAUGGCGCCUCCCUGGGCAAAAUGAGAAUUGAUAAUUGUGCAUCCUAUUCCUAAAGUCAAGGCUUCUAUUAAGCGCCUUCCAAAAAUCUCAUUUUCUAGGGCUUCUCUUGUUUAAGAAAAUCACUCUUUGCUCUGCAACAAUUCAGACAUGCUGUGCGCUUCCCUUCUCUUGUUUUUGUGCCAGGUUAGAAAGAAAGGUUGGUGGCAGUGAGGAAGGAGGAGAAUGAUCUGGUGAUGGACCGUUCUAAAUCUCAUUGGGUAGAUUUUUUCUAGACUGCCAUGAGUCAGCCACCGACGGGGGGCGCUGCCCCUGCCGCCGCCGCAGCUUGUGCCGCCACUGCUGCCACAGAAGCUCGCCUGCACCCGGAGGGCAGCAGCAGAAAGCAGCAGCGUGCUCAGUCACCUGCUAGACUGAGGGACAAUUCGGUCCGACAGACAACCGCUGCCACCCGGUCCCCUGCGGGGGCCGGCACUAAAGUCAAUUCUGUUCGACAGCAGCAGCUGCAGCAGCAACAGCAGGGCAACAAGACCGGGAGCCGCACAGCGCCUCCAGCCAUCGCCCGAGGAGGCGGAGGCGGAGCGGAGAAGGCAGCGCCCCUGGCGCCCAAAGGGGCCGCGCCGGGAGCUGUCCAGACCGCGCCUGGUGCUGAAGCGGCCCCCGCGGCGACCCUGGCCCCGGUGGGCGGCAGGAGGCCUGGCCCGUCGGAGGAGCCGCCCCGGGAGCUAGAACCCGUGUCCUCUAAACUCGGGGAACCCCCUCCGCUGGGAGAAGGAGGAGGAGGGGGUGGGGAAGGAGGAGGAGCCGGCGGCGGCUCCGGAGAAAGGGAGGGGGGCGCUCCGCAGCCGCCGCCGCCGCCCAGGGGCUGGCGAGGGAAAGGCGUACGGGCUCAGCAGAGGGGCGGCAGCGGCGGCGAGGGGGCCUCCCCUUCGCCAUCCUCCUCCUCUGCGGGCAAAACCCCAGGCCCUGGCAGCAGAAACUCCGGAAGCGGCGUGGUGGGGGGUGGCAGCGGUGGCGGAGGGAGCUACUGGAAGGAAGGAUGUCUGCAGUCUGAGCUCAUCCAGUUCCAUCUCAAGAAAGAGCGGGCGGCAGCGGCGGCGGCCGCAGCUCAGAUGCACACUAAGAACGGCGGCAGCAGCAGCAGCCGCAGCUCCCCGGUCGCUGGCACCCUUGCCAUUUGCGAGCCCCUCGCACUCCCUUCCGCCUCCCCAAUGGCGGCGGCAGCAGAAGGCCCCCAGCAGAGCGCAGAGGGCAGCACGAGCGGCGGGGGCAUGCAGGCGGCGGCGCCCCCAUCGUCGCAGCCGCACCCCCAGCAGCUCCAGGAGCAGGAAGAAAUGCAGGAGGAGAUGGAGAAGCUGCGAGAGGAAAACGAGACUCUCAAGAACGAGAUCGAUGAGCUGAGGACCGAGAUGGACGAGAUGAGGGACACUUUCUUCGAGGAGGAUGCCUGCCAACUGCAGGAAAUGCGCCACGAGUUGGAGAGAGCCAACAAAAACUGCCGGAUCUUGCAGUACCGCCUCCGCAAAGCCGAGCGCAAAAGGCUCCGCUACGCGCAGACCGGGGAGAUCGACGGGGAGCUGUUGCGCAGCCUGGAGCAGGACCUCAAGGUUGCAAAGGAUGUAUCUGUGAGACUCCACCAUGAAUUGGAAAAUGUGGAAGAAAAGAGAACGACAACAGAAGAUGAAAAUGAGAAACUGAGACAACAGCUUAUAGAAGUUGAGAUUGCAAAGCAGGCUUUACAGAAUGAACUGGAAAAAAUGAAGGAGCUAUCCUUAAAAAGAAGAGGAAGCAAAGAUUUGCCAAAAUCUGAAAAAAAGGCUCAGCAGACUCCCACAGAGGAGGACAAUGAAGACCUGAAAUGCCAGCUGCAGUUCGUGAAGGAAGAAGCUGCUUUGAUGAGAAAGAAAAUGGCCAAGAUUGAUAAAGAAAAGGACAGAUUCGAACACGAGCUGCAGAAGUACAGAUCCUUUUACGGGGAUCUGGACAGUCCUUUGCCCAAAGGAGAAGCCGGGGGGCCCCCCAGCACCAGGGAGGCAGAACUCAAGCUCAGGCUGAGGCUGGUGGAGGAGGAAGCCAACAUCCUGGGCAGGAAAAUCGUCGAACUGGAGGUGGAGAACAGGGGCCUGAAGGCGGAACUGGACGACCUGAGGGGCGAUGACUUCAACGGCUCGGCCAACCCGCUCAUGAGGGAGCAGAGCGAAUCCCUCUCGGAGCUGCGGCAGCACCUGCAGCUGGUGGAAGACGAGACGGAGCUGCUGCGGAGGAACGUGGCCGACCUGGAGGAGCAGAACAAGCGCAUCACGGCGGAGCUCAACAAGUACAAGUACAAGUCCGGCGGCCACGAGAGUGCGCGGCACCACGACAGCGCCAAGACCGAGGCCCUGCAGGAGGAGCUGAAGGCGGCGCGCCUGCAGAUCAACGAGCUCAGCGGCAAGGUCAUGCAGCUGCAGUACGAGAACCGCGUGCUCAUGUCCAACAUGCAGCGCUACGACCUGGCCUCGCACCUGGGUAUCCGCGGCAGCCCCCGCGACAGCGACGCCGAGAGCGACGCGGGCAAGAAGGAGAGCGACGACGACUCCCGGCCGCCGCACCGCAAGCGCGAAGGGCCCAUCGGCGGCGAGAGCGACUCGGAGGAGGUGCGCAACAUCCGCUGCCUCACGCCCACCCGCUCCUUCUACCCCGCGCCCGGGCCCUGGCCCAAGAGCUUCUCCGACCGGCAGCAGAUGAAGGACAUCCGCUCGGAGGCCGAGCGCCUGGGCAAGACCAUCGACCGGCUCAUCGCCGACACGAGCACCAUCAUCACCGAGGCGCGCAUCUACGUGGCCAACGGGGACCUGUUCGGACUGAUGGACGAGGAGGACGAUGGCAGCCGCAUCCGCGAGCACGAGCUGCUCUACCGCAUCAACGCACAGAUGAAGGCCUUCCGCAAGGAGCUGCAGACCUUUAUCGACCGCCUCGAGGUGCCCAAGUCCGCGGACGACCGCGGCGCCGAGGAGCCCAUAUCCGUGAGUCAGAUGUUCCAGCCUAUCAUUUUACUUAUUCUCAUUCUUGUAUUAUUUUCAUCACUUUCUUACACAACAAUAUUUAAACUUGUCUUCCUCUUUACACUGUUUUUUGUACUGUAAAUCUUUCCUCAUUUACCAUUCAUU